AAGAUUUCUCCUCACAUGAACUGCCCUGCAGAAUACUAUGGACUAGAGGAAGCCAGGGACUAUGAGAUUCAGAGACAGAGGAUUGAGCUGGGUCGCUGUAUCGGAGAGGGACAGUUCGGGGACGUCCACCAGGGAGUCUACAUGAGCCCGGAAACCCCUGCUCUGUCUGUGGCCAUCAAGACGUGUAAGAACUGCACCUCUGAUAGUGUCAGGGAGAAGUUCUUACAAGAAGCUCUGACCAUGCGUCAGUUUGACCACCCCCACAUAGUGAAGCUGAUUGGAGUGAUCACAGAAAACCCAGUGUGGAUCAUCAUGGAGCUGUGUACACUGGGAGAGCUACGCUCCUUCCUGCAAGUGAGAAAAUACAACCUCGACUUGGCAUCACUGAUUCUCUACGCUUUCCAGCUAAGCACAGCACUCGCCUACCUGGAGAGCAAGCGGUUUGUACAUAGGGAUAUAGCUGCCAGGAACGUGCUGGUAUCCUCAGUGGACUGUGUUAAACUGGGAGACUUUGGCUUGUCUCGAUACAUGGAGGACAGCUCCUAUUACAAAGCCUCCAAAGGGAAACUGCCUAUCAAAUGGAUGGCACCAGAAUCUAUUAACUUCAGACGCUUUACCUCAGCCAGUGACGUGUGGAUGUUUGGUGUGUGUAUGUGGGAGAUCCUCAUCUACGGAGUCAAACCCUUCCAGGGGGUGAAGAACAACGAUGUCAUCGGCCGGAUAGAGAACGGAGAGCGUCUGGCCAUGCCCCACAACUGCCCCCCUACCCUGUACAGCCUGAUGACCAAGUGCUGGGCCUACGACCCUAGCAAGAGACCCUGCUUCACAGAGCUCAAAGCCCAGCUCAGGUAUGUCCGUCAGUCGGUCUAUCUGCAUUGCUGUAGUGCAUGGUGCGUCAUCAUACCUUGAAGACUAUCUCCUACA